GUACCUUUUUAUGCCUACAAUGCAUUGCUUUGAUUUGAGGUUAUAUUAAUAUAUUUAUUUAUAUAAUUUCCUAAACAUAUUUAUACUUUGUAGGAGUCUCAAACGUAAUCUGUUUUCUUACUCAACGAUUAAAUACUAGAGGAAACAUUAAUAAUGUUUUAUUUGGUUGGUUUAGGCUUAGGUGAUGCUAAAGACAUUACAGUAAAAGGUCUAGAGAUAGUGAAAAAAUGUGAUAAAGUUCUUUUAGAAGGUUACACAUCUAUAUUAACAGUCGGACAUAAAGUAUUGGAGGAGUUUUAUGGAAGACCCAUAAUAAUUGCUGAUCGAGAAUUAUGUGAAGGUAAUAUAGAUGAUUUCUUGAAAGAAGCAAAAGAAAGUGAUAUUGCUCUCCUUGUGGUGGGAGAUCCGUUGGGAGCAACUACUCACACAGAUAUGUUGCUUCGUGCUAAACAGUUUAAUGUAGAAACCCAGAUAAUUCACAAUGCUUCUAUAAUGAAUGCUGUCAGUUGCUGUGGGUUACAGUUAUACAAUUUUGGUGAAACCAUUUCAAUACCUUAUUGGACAGAAACAUGGAAACCAGACAGCUUUUAUGAAAAGAUUGUUGGAAAUUUUUCAAGAAACCUGCAUACCCUUUGUCUUUUAGAUAUAAAAGUGAAAGAACCUACUGAGGAGUCAUUAACAAAAAAGGUUCGGCAGUAUAUGGAUCCUAAAUUUAUGUCUGUCAAAGAAGCUGCAACACAAUUAAUACAGAUAAUAGAAAAUAAUCAAAACUCAGGUAUAACUAAAGAUAGUUUAGCUGUUGGCUUAUCGAGAGUGGGAGCUCCAGAUCAAAGAAUAGCAGCAAUGAGUUUGGAAGAAAUGCAAAAUUAUGAACUAGGGCCACCUUUACACAGCUUGGUGAUUCCAGCUCCGAACCUUCACCCACUUGAACUAGAUUAUUUAGCUCAAUUCAGACAAUUUGUUUAA